CAAUAUCACCACGAAGAUGAUGCAAUCAGAAAACUUAGCCCCUUCAUGGCUGUUCGACGGUUUGAUGGAUUCGAGUAUCGAUCAAUUGGAUUCGUCUGAAAUUUCCUCCGUUUCAGAUUUCAAUAAGAUGUUCUCGGAUGAGAUGUUCCGGCAUCCAGCCUACGAUUUUGGUGAUCAGCUUGAGGUCACAGUGCCAUGGGAGGAAUUUUCAGUCCCCUUGGUGGGGCUUGAUUCUAUGUUGACUGAUGAUGUUGGUGAAGAAAGGCAAGAUGUAUGGAGUCCUUGUCUGUCUAGUGAGGCGUCAAUCAACACGAAAACCGAGCAAUCUUCGCUUGCUAUACCGUACCUAGGAGAAGCCAUGAUGAAAACUGAUAACCAGUUGACCCUAUUUCAUCUACUCACUGCUUACGGAGAAGCUAAAGAGAACAACCAGACCGAGCUCGCUGAGGUGAUCUUACGGUGUGUGAGCGAGAAAGCUAGUCCGGUCGGUGAAACUUUGGAACGGAUCGCAUUCAAUUUAUUGUCUCAAGAUGUUCGAAACCAAAGGGAUUAUCUACUGCAAGAGUCUGCCGGGAACUUUGAGGUUGCCUUCAAGACAUUCUAUCAGAUAUUCCCCUACGGGAGGUUUGCUCAUUUUGCUGCUAACUCAGCAAUCCUCGAAGCCAUGCCGAACAAUUCGAAUCCGCUACAUAUUGUCGAUUUCGACAUCGGAUCGGGGAUCCAAUGGCCUCCGUUGAUCGAGGCCAUGGCAAUGCAACACAAGACAGUGAGGCUUACAUCAAUAAGAUGGGGAGAGGAAGGGUAUGGUCACUCUCCUUGGAGGUUCAACGACACGAAAAUGCAACUUUGCGACCAUGCUAGGUCCUUCGGCCUAAACUUGAAACUCGAAGAGAUGGGAAUCGAAGAUUUGGCAAACGAGCUCGACAGAAUGAAGAAACGAGGCGGUAGCAGAGAAUGGUUGGCCUUCAAUUGCAUGGUGGGACUCCCACACAUGGGCGAAAACAAGAACCAGAAGCUCGUGAACUCGUUCCUCGACGUAGCGAAACAACUACUGGCUAGAAACAGGGGAAUCAUAACACUUGGUGAUGGAGAUGCUUGUGAAAAACUGAAAGAUAGUCCAGGAUUCGGGGCAUUCUUCAAUGGACAAUUGAGUCACCACCGAGCUAUUACGGAGUCGAUGGAAUCCGGCAUCGCGAAACACUUGGUCCAAGCAAGAAUGGCAAUGGAGUGCCUGUUCAUAGGGCCUAAUAUCUGUGCCCAUGCUUGGUUCCAAAAGUGGGAACAGGUGAAUGAAACUCGCCAUUUCGAGACGUCGACGGCGAUGGAAGGUCUGAAGGUGAGCAGAGAGAGAUUAAUGGAAGCUAAAGAAAUGGUGAAUGGAAGAGAAAAUUCAUAUGAGGUGAGACUUGGAGGGAAUUCUGGGAAUGAAUUGGCCUUGGAGUGGAGAGGAAAUGUAUUAGUCAAAGUCUCUUGCUGGAGAAAUUAAAGCUAAUAUUUUUAUACAUAGAUGUAAAAUACGAACAAUAGAAGGAUUAAUUAUGUAAAAAUAGUGAACA